UGAUAGGGUGAGAGAGGGGAGAGUGAGCCAGACAACGGUACUAUGGCGGAGUCAAAACUACUACAUUUGUUUGACGAUCAGAAACACUAUCUGAAGUCGUUCCAGACGUUCAAUUCUUAUUCGGCCAAAUAUGCAAUGCAGGAAACAUGGACCAACACUGUGCUCCUAGACAACAUCGUUCCACAUCUCCCGAACUUGGAUCGAGAUAAACAGCUCCGUGUCUUUGGAAUCGGCAGUGGAUCGGGGGAAGUGGAUUAUCCAUUUUUGACUGCACUCCUGAAGAAAUAUCCGAUCAUCACUAACCGUGUAGUUGAACCUGCCGAAGAUCAAAUCAUCAAGUACAAAGCACUGGUCCAAUCCAAGGGACACGAACUACAAGGUGUGAAGUUUGACUGGCGACAGCAAACCCUUGAACAAUACAGAGAUACUGACGGAGUUGGAACCAAGUUUCAUUUCAUAAGCACUAUUCACUCCAUGUACCACGUUGAGGACGUAGACAGUUCCUUGAUGUAUCUGUACGAUCUCCUGGAACCUGGUGGCAAAUUGCUUGUCAUUAUCCUCUCAGACCAAAGUGGCUUCUCAAACUUUUUGAACCGCCUUCCCGGGUUGUUGAAGCAGAGUCUACGGUACAUUAGCUCCGCUCACAUCCGCCGCCCGUUCGAGGCCCGUGACAUCCCGUGCGUCCAGAUUCACCGAAACUCCGAAGUGGAUAUCACGGAGUGCUUCAACGAGACGUCAGAAGACGGGGAACUAUUCCGCGACUUCCUAGUCCAGUUGAAGGGUUUCAGGAAGACGGCCACACCCUCGCAGUACAAGGAGGCGAUGGAGUACUUGGCAAGUAGCGAGUGCACCAAAAAAGACGGAAGAAAAAUCGUCAUGAAUAAUGAUCGAGAUGCAGUUAUCGUUACUAAGAUGUCUACCUGAGAACUACCUCUUUGAUAUUUUUUUUAUUUUUAUAUAUUUUUUUUAUGAAGGCACCUGGACACUAUUGGUAUUUACUCAAAACACACACAAUGCACGAAUGGUAUUAUCACCGGUGCCAUUUUAUAAACUACUGUAAAAUAUUAAUAUUCUGAUGGCAGUGUUUCUUUACCAUAUACACCUUAUAAUCAGUUCUUUGUUCUUAGUCAUUACAAUGGAGUGAGUGUGAGGCCAGUCUGGGAAGGGCCAGCUCUACCAUCUUGCACAUUCCUAAGCAAUGACAGAAGUAGUGGUCAGUGCACAGACAAGUCCAAAUAUGGGGCAAUCGUCCACACUCUCAUUUGUUUAGUACGGCCCCCUUCUUAAUCCAGCCAAACAUAAUCAUGUAGGGCCUAUGUAUAAUUCUGUAUGUAUAAUUAUUCAAAUGUCCCUUUAAUGAAGUAGGAAACAAUCCCUUAUAUGGUUACAAUUUGUGUAAGAAAGCAUCUUGCUCUUUCCUUUAUAAACCCGUGUAA